GCUUUUCUCUUUAGGUUUUUAUAACUUCUUUUAUACAACUUUAUUUCAUAACUUGUAAGAGGUCUUCAUCUAAGUUGUGUCAUUUCAUUUCAAAUAAUAGAAAUAACAUGGGCACUUGUGAUUUGUGAACAAUAGAUCGAGACUUUAGAGAUAGCUCAGUUUACUUUCUCAUUUCUCUUUACUUUUUUUUUUUUUGGUAAGCCUAUAAAGUACUCAUUUCAAGAACUUCACUACAACUGAAGCCCUCUUUUUUUCCUUAACUCUAGAGCUUGAAUUUAAAGUAGUUAAAAGCUAGAAAGAUCAUAUACAGUACAUAUAUUUCAGCAAUACUGCAGGAAAUCUACCUGAAUUUAUAGCCUUUAAAGCUUUUGUCAUAAAAAGAAAGAAUGGAAGAUGAGUAUGGCAUGUACAGGAAAGGAAGCAGUGGGUGGUCAUACAUGAUUGGAAAUGAUGAAUAUCAAGAAACUGAUGUAUGGUCUGUUUAUAAUGAUAGAAAAGAUUUUGAUUCAAUAACUGUGAAGUCAAAAGGGUCAACUUCUGCAUAUUCUUCAAGAACUAGUACUGUUUCUCAUUCAAAUUCAGCCAGGAUGAUUCCUAGGCCUAAUACCAACAAUACUGAUAUCGAAUCCUGGAUUCCACGACGACAAUCAGCACCUGUGAACAUUCCUGACUGGUCCAAGAUAUAUGGAAAGUCAAAGAGAUCAUCAUCACAACAGGAAUCUGCAUUUCUUGAUUAUAAUGGUUAUGAUGAUGGCUAUGGUGACCAUAAUGGGAAAGAAAGUUGGGACAGUGAUGAGGAUGAUGAUAAUGGUGAUGGGAACAUAAUGCCUCCCCAUGAAUGGAUUGCACAAAAGCUUGCAAGGAGUCAAAUUUCUUCGUUUUCGGUUUGUGAAGGUGCAGGAAGAACACUUAAAGGCAGAGAUCUAAGUAGGGUAAGAAAUGCUGUCUUGACAAAAACUGGAUUUCUUGAAUGAUUUAUGUGAUAAGUUAUAUAUAUCUUCAUAAUUUGCCAGAAAAAUAUAUAUUAAGACUAGACAUUAAUAUUAUCAUUAUCAUGAUGAUGUAGCAUCAUCAAUAUGAUUGAUAAUUGUGAUAAUUAUAUAAUGGGUCCCAUUCCUAUUUCUA